UAAUUCCAAUGUAAGUAAGGAAAUCACGCGGAUUACCCAAAACUGAGUGAUGAUGAUCAGAAGACUAUUUGAGGCAGCAGUUAAAUACAGGAAGGCUUCAGUGUGGUGUGCUCCUGUUCCUACUCCCGCUCCUGUUCCUGUGGAAAUACACAGGCUCCAAUUGCACUGCUGACUGAGAUUCAGUUCAGUUCCCACAAUGACAGCGCUGUACAGGACAUUCCUGCUCCUCUCAGUUGGUAUGGCUUCACUGUUGGCCCAGAGGUCUGUGAGGAGUAAGAGAAGUCUACUGGAGCUCGCUGGCAUCAUCAAAUGCACCACAGGCAGGUCAGCCUUAUCCUAUUUGAUGUAUGGCUGCUAUUGCGGGCUCGGAGGGAAAGGCUGGCCCAGAGACAGGGCGGACUGGUGUUGCCACAAGCACGACUGCUGCUACGGUGAUGCGGAAGUUGCAGGCUGCCAGACGACGACCGACAAGUAUCAGUGGACUUGUGAGAACAAAGAGGCCGAUUGUGAUUCCCUUAAAGACAAAUGUGAGAAAAUCCUCUGCAAGUGUGACAGAGAAGCAGGCAGGUGCCUAAGAAAGGCCCCUUACCACAAGAAAUAUGCCUUUUGGCCAGACUUUCUGUGUGGCUGUGUACAUCCUACCUGUAAUAUAUACUGAUAUAUCUGUUUGCUACUGAGUAAACAUGCUUUAUAGCAAAUUUUUAUUGUUUUUAAUGGUUAAUCAAUAUUUUCAGUCAUACAUGUAGUCAAAGGUGUCGUUUGAUAGUUUAUUUCUUUGGAGAUCAAUUGCUAUUAAUGUACAAAUUAAAGGAAAAUUAUGACUCUGUUGUACUGUGUUUUACAUUUUGUAGGUAUGGUUUAGGUUUACUUUUCCUCUUAGUGCAGGGAUGUCCAAUCUUAUCCAGAAAGGGCUAGUGCAGGUGCAGGUUUUCAUUCCAACCAAGCAAGAGCCACACCUGAUUCCACCUGUUUAAUCAGUUGAUCUUGGCUUUCAAUAGACUCAGGUGUGGCUUCUGCUUGGAUGGAAUGAAAACCUGCACCCACACUGGCCCUUUCCGAGUAAGAUUGGACACCCCUGUCUUAGUGGGAAGAGUCACUACAAUCAAUACAAAGUUUUUCUGACAUUUAUCCUGUGAUGAAACACUUCUGUCCUGAUUCAGGUUAACAAUGCGUCCGUCCUAAUGACUGUAUAUAUGAGUGGACAUUAUGGUGCCAUUUUCACAUUUUGAAGCCUUUUUUGGUUUAAAUGUGAGUCACCAUCUUGCAAAAACACAGCCUGUUUUGUUUUCUCCACACUUUUUAUCAGUAUGUUACAAAUAUGAAUGUAGAAGUGCCCUUUUAUGUCCCACUUGUUCUGCCAGCGGAGUUGGUUUAAAAAGGAGUGAUUGGCUAAUCCUAGCUAGUUUUAGCUGUCUUGGUUUAUGCCAUCACGUCACUAUAUCAUCAGUACAGCAAUGAGCUAGCUUAGACGUCAAAAUGAGCAACAUACCAGGAAAAACUGCAAAUAACUCCAAAAUGUUAGAACGGUUUACAGCAAAACUAAACAUGGCUUUGCUACAGAACUUUCAACAGCUUUCGGUGUGUGUUUGUGUGUGUGUGUGCGCGUUUGUUCACGAGGCUCGACUGUCCUGUCCAAAACUGUCAUCAAAUAACGUCCAUAAAAUUUGUUCAAUGUAAGGAAAAAACUGGGGGAGAUAUCCAGGUCAAAUGAAUGUGUGAAAAUGAUAGAACGCUAUUCCCAAAAAUAAUUUAGGAGAUUAAUAAAUUAGGAGUUAACAUCUUAGCAUGCAAGUUUGGGUCUUUUCCUAUUCACUAAUAUGGGAAUAGGUGGGGUUAACGACUGUACUGCAGUCAGCCACUAGACGGCCUCAGAGACAUUCUGGCUUUGCUUUUGAAUCCCUGUUGCACUAUGAUGUCCACCCAUAUAUACAGUAUACUGUUAUAGGUCCAUCCACAGAGCAUGAGGGCUCACUGAAUGGUUUAAUGAUGCAAAUCACAUGAUGGAUAGAUGGAUAGAUAGAUAGAUAGAUAGAUAGAUAGGUAGGUAGGUUUGUAGUCCAAGUUUAGCAGAGUAACAGAGAAACAGGAUG